AUCACAUGUUUCAGUUUUACAUUUCAUUCCUUCUUUCUUCUUUGGCUAUAUUUUGGCUCACAUUUCUUAUAUCUUCUUUCAACACAAUACACCUUCCAUAAUUUUCUCGAACCUUCUUCCAACAAUGGCUUCAAUGGCGGCAUCUUCAAGCUCCUUCUGCAACCUCAAGUUUCGCACCAAACCCAAAAUCGCUCUUCCCCGUGUUCGAUUUUGUCUGAACCACCACGAUGACACACUCACCGACCAAAUCAACCGAAGGGAACUCAUAUUGAGAAGCAGCGAAAUAGCCACCAUUGGUGCCAUCUUCAACUUCAGUGGGAAGAAGCCUGAUUAUCUUGGAGUGCAGAAAAACCCACCGGCGUUAGCUCUUUGUCCGGCGACUAAGAACUGCGUGUCAACCUCUGAGAAUGUCAGUGAUCGCACCCAUUAUGCUCCCCCAUGGAACUAUAAUCCUGAAGGUAGGAAAAAUCCAGUGAACAAAGAGGAAGCAAUGGAGGAACUGAUAGACGUGAUAGAAUCAACAACACCAGACAAAUUUACACCACGAAUAGUUGAAAGGAAAGAAGACUAUAUUCGUGUGGAGUACCAAAGCUCAAUCUUGGGGUUUGUGGAUGAUGUGGAGUUCUGGUUUCCACCGGGUAAGGGUUCUACUGUGGAGUAUCGAUCUGCAUCUCGGUUGGGAAACUUUGAUUUUGAUGUGAAUAGAAAAAGAAUUAAGGCACUGCGACAAGAGUUGGAGAAGAAAGGAUGGGCAUCUCAAGACACGAUAUGAGUAAACUCUUGCAGAAAUCACAUCAGAAUUUAAGCAGCUACAGUCGAUUGAAUUCAACUAUAUGCAGAUAUUAUUUCAUAUAUUUUUGUAUUAGAUACAAAUCCCGCAGAAUCAUUGAAAGAAAACUUCUUUGAUUAAUGGAAUUGUAGAAAUCAUUGAGAACAAUGCUUCAAACUCUUGGGGAAGGAAUGAAAUGAAAAUAUUGCCCCUUAUCUUCUUGAACUUCAUUAAUUUGAUCCACUUAUACAAUGAA